GGCGCGGCGGCGGCGGUGCGGGCGGCGGGCGAGCGGGGGAAGAUGGCGGAGCUGGGCAAGAAGUACUGCGUGUACUGCCUGGCCGAGGUGAGCCCGCUGCGCUUCCGCUGCACCGAGUGCCAGGACAUCGAACUGUGCCCCGAGUGCUUCUCGGCCGGCGCCGAGAUCGGUCACCACAGACGCUACCACGGCUACCAGCUGGUGGACGGAGGGCGCUUCACGCUCUGGGGGCCGGAGGCCGAGGGCGGCUGGACCAGCCGUGAGGAGCAGCUGCUGCUGGACGCCAUCGAGCAGUUCGGCUUCGGGAACUGGGAGGACAUGGCCGCACACGUGGGCGCCUCCCGGACCCCCCAGGAGGUGAUGGAGCACUAUGUGAGCAUGUACAUCCACGGGAACCUGGGCAAGGCCUGCAUCCCUGACACCAUCCCCAACCGCGUCACGGACCACACGUGCCCCAGCGGGGGGCCCCUCUCGCCCAGCCUCACCACGCCGCUGCCGCCGCUGGACAUCUCAGUGGCCGAGCAGCAGCAGCUGGGCUACAUGCCGCUGCGGGACGACUACGAGAUCGAGUACGACCAGGACGCCGAGACGCUCAUCAGCGGGCUCUCGGUGAACUACGACGACGACGACGUGGAGAUAGAGCUGAAGCGCGCGCACGUGGACAUGUACGUGCGCAAGCUCAAGGAGCGGCAGCGCCGCAAGAACAUUGCUCGCGACUACAACCUGGUGCCGGCCUUCCUGGGCAAGGACAAGAAGGAGAAGGAGAAGGCGCUGAAGCGCAAGAUCACCAAGGAGGAGAAGGAGCUGCGCCUGAAGCUCAGGCCGCUCUACCAGUUCAUGUCGUGCAAGGAGUUCGACGACCUGUUCGAGAACAUGCACAAGGAGAAGAUGCUGCGGGCCAAGAUCCGCGAGCUGCAGCGCUACCGGCGCAACGGCAUCACCAAGAUGGAGGAGUCAGCCGAGUAUGAGGCCGCGCGGCACAAGCGCGAGCGGCGCAAGGAGAACAAGAGCCUGGCCGGCUCGAAGAGGGCCAAGGAGGACGGCAAGGACGGCGAGUUCGCGGCCAUCGAGAACCUGCCCGGCUUCGAGCUCCUGUCAGACCGCGAGAAGGUGCUGUGCAGCUCGCUGAACCUGAGCCCGGCGCGCUAUGUGACAGUCAAGACCAUCAUCAUCAAGGACCACCUGCAGAAGCGCCAGGGCAUCCCCUCCAAAAGCCGCCUUCCCGGCUACCUGGACAAAGUCCUGAAGAAGCGGAUCCUCACCUUCCUCACCGAGAGCGGGUGGAUAUCCAGGGACGCGUCCUGAGGCCGCCCAGCUGCAGCUGGGAGCCAGAGGACUUGGGGAGGGUGUUCCCCGCUGUUGCCCUUUUUAAAGAAAUUGAAUUCCUUUUUUAAGGUAUAGUCUUCUCAUGGUCCUCUGAAGAAGCAAUAGCAGCAGUCUUACAGUGGAUCUGGGGAGACGGACGCGCGGUGGCUCCGUCUGGAGAAUGUGACAAGGUUGGAUGGUGUCCUUGUGUCCCGUGAGCCUUCGCCCCUUCGGUGCAAAAGCUAUUGCUGGGGGUGCCAGGAGCGCUGCACUUGCCGGCCAGCAAGCCGUCAGCUUCUCUCUUCUCAGGUGGGGCUGCUGCUGGCGCCCUCUGCUGAGCCCACUGCUGCCCGGGCACGUGGCACUUUAAGGGAGGCGGCUGGGCAGGGCCUCUGCAUGCAGCAGCUGCUGCCGCCAGGACCCCUCCUAGACACCUAGGAAGCCCUUGUUUGCACACAGACGAUACUGCACUCUGCAGCACCAGAUCCUCCCCCAGGGCGCCGGCAGCCCCCUCGGCACAUCCCAGUCCCCACCUGUCAGAGGGCGGGCCUGGGAGGGAUGCAGGACUGGGGACCGCCAGGUUCCCGCUGCUGCUGCUGCUGCUGCUGUACCUGUAGUGCAUUCUACUUGGAAGACCCCGUGUCAGAGUGCAUGGCCACGUGCUCAGCGUUCUGGGUUCUGGUGUUAGCGUCCUCAGGAUUUUCAUCAUAGUGGCAAGUACCCUUUCUACUGAAGAAGCAUGAGCGUGCUAGCCCAGCUAAGUGGGUUACUUAAGGCGUAGCCAGGCAGAGCAUGGGCGGUGUGCACAGCACUCUGGGGAGGGCAGGGGACUCAGAUGAGCCUCAGAGCGGCUGUGCUGCUCCUGGCUCCAUCUAGAGACAGAAACACAGAGCCUGAGGCCAGGCCUUCUUAGGACCUGCCUGGUACCUUCCUGCUAAACCUGCAGCAGCUCUCAUUUCCUGCAGCUCAGGGCUUUCCUGCUCAGGCCGGGCUCUAGGGACCCUGGAGGGACCACACACCCAGCCCUUCUCCCGAGCUCGGCCUGCCCCUGCCUCCUUAGGUACAAGAGCCUGUUUACCACCCAGAACAAUUGGGCUUAAAGUUCCAUUAAACUGAAGUGAAAGAAAAAUGAAAACACCUCCUCAUUUCUAAGGACUUGAUUAUGUGCCUUUUCUUUUUACAUCCUCUGUCCCCUAGGGUAGGUGUUUCGGCAUUAAAUAAGACAUUUCAGACACUGCAGACGGCUUUAGCUGGAAAGUGCAUUGUGGAGAAGCGCCCCUGUGCCAGACCCAGGACCUGUCUCCAUGCCUGAGCGAGCGCUGGGCUGGGCUUGCUGAGGACCAGCCCUACACUGCCCCCUGCAGGGCGAGCCCGAAAGGCACCGAGAAGCCUGGUGCUAGCCUCUGUCUGAGCCAGCGCUUUCCAAAGUUAGGGUCCCGGGCCCUGGGUGGACAGAGGUGCAGUUGGGCCCCAUGUGGUCGAGUCAGAAAUUCCAAGGCUUCUGGGGGUGCAGCCCGGCUGCUUUUCUUAAGCCCUGCAAGUGGCUGGGCAGGGGCCCAAGGUGGAGCACCACUGGUUUCCGCCAUCUGGGCCCCGGUUCACUUUCUACACCACCAGAAUCCUAGUCUGGUGAGGUUGGGUUUAGUCUUAUUUUUUCUAUAAAGCGAUAGCCAGACCUACAUUAGCUUGAGAAGCAGAGGAUCCUGUGUGUGGCCUAGGCCGAGAGCUGUUCAGUGAAAACCUUGUGCUUACGCAGGUUUGUAGUGUGUGUAUAUUUUUGAUGGUAUGAAGAAUUUAUUUAGGCUUGACUGUUUUAAAACACCACAAUGAAUGUAUAAUUAAUUUAUGUUGAGACAGUAAUGCUACAAGGGAAAAGUAAUUCCGGGAUGGAUGCCUGUCGUCCCCUGCCCCAGCUGUUUUGUCACAUCAGUCCUUACCUCUGCUGUUAGCUCACAGCCUGAAAUGUUUCUAUUUGAUUCUCACGAUGAAUCAGGUACCAUAAUCCCAAGAACGAGGUCUCUCCCAAACUUAACUCUGUCUGAGUCAAAAAAGGUAAUGGUCCCGGGAGGCCAGCAUUCCAAGAAUGUAUUAAAAGCUGCAACUCUGACUACCAUUUCUAUUGUCCUUUUACAUAUUAAAGAGGUUGAGAACAAAA